AUGAACGACACUGUGGCCCUUCUGCAGAAAUUCAAUGCGCAUCCAGAUUCCCGCUGUUGGUAUGUGGCAUGGACCCAAGGCACAUUGCUGGCAUCAUGCGGUGGUGACCGAGCCAUUCGGAUAUGGGGAAGGGAAGGUGACUCUUGGGAAUGCAAGACCUUGCUCCAGGAUGGACACCAGAGAACUGUCAGAAAGGUGGCAUGGUCCCCAUGUGGGAACUACCUGGCCUCAGCCAGCUUUGAUGCCACAACCUGCAUCUGGAAAAAGAAGAAUGAUGAUUUUGAGUGCUUGACUGUGUUGGAAGGACAUGAGAAUGAGGUCAAAUGUGUGGCCUGGGCCCCAUCCGGUAACUUGCUGGCCACCUGUAGUAGAGACAAGAGCGUCUGGAUCUGGGAAGUGGAUGAGGAGAAUGAGUAUGAGUGUGUGAGUGUGGUAAACUCUCAUACACAGGAUGUCAAGCAUGUUGUCUGGCACCCAACACAGGAGCUCCUCGCCUCAUGUAGCUACGACAACAAUGUGUGUGUCUAUAAAGAAGAGGAUGAUGACUGGGAGUGCAGGGCGACCCUGGAAGGACACACCUCCACUGUCUGGGGUUUGACCUUUGACCCAAGUGGCCAGCGACUGGCCUCCUGCAGUGAUGACUGUACUGUGAAGAUCUGGAAAGAAUGUCAGCCAGAAGAAGGCACUGACGUGGCUUGGAAAUGUGUUUGUACCCUUUCAGGGUUUCAUGGACGGACAGUGUAUGAUAUUGCAUGGUGUCCACUGACUGGUGCCCUGGCGACUGCAUGUGGUGAUGACGGAGUACGUGUGUUUAAGGAGGAUGAGACGGCUGACCCAGACCAGCCUGCUUUCUCCCUGUCUGCCCAUGUACCCAAGGCCCACACCCAGGAUGUCAACUGUAUCGCCUGGCACCCCAAGGAGGCUGGGCUCCUUGUCUCCUGCAGUGACAAUGGGGAGAUAGCAGUCUGGAACUACCAGUCUUGGGUCUGAGAACAUGUACAGUAUGUUGGGCUAGUUAGGACUUCCAGAUCCAGUAUUUAACAAUGCUGAAUUUACCUUGUACUGUCAAGGGUGCGAACAGCACUGAAAUUGUCAUGUAUGAUGUUUAUUAUUAAUCCCUCUUGCAAUAACCUGUUUUAAUGAGGUUAGAGUGGUUUUGAUUUCAUUAUACUGAUACCUGCCUGUGCACUUGUGGUUCAAAACUGAAUGUGGGCCCUAAAUGUCAUAAUUAUGUAUUUGAUUAACAAUACAAUAUACACAUUCCAAUGGUGUUUUGUAAUAUCAAGAAAAUAAAAUUGUCAUAGCUAUUUAAUCCAGGGAUUC